AUGACAUUGGGAGGUGAAGUCCUGCCAGAGCCUUCCCCAGGCUCCUGCAGUGCUCGCCUCCAGUGCGUCAGAGCCCUAUGGGAGGACCUGCCUCCCACCAGUGCCCCAGGUAAUACUGCAUGUUUGCCUUCCCUCCCAAGGUCUGGUUCCAGUGACCCCUACUGCAUCGUCAAAGUCGACAACGAGGUUGUAGCCAGGACUGCGACUGUGUGGAAGAACCUGAACCCCUUCUGGGGUGAAGAGUACACCCUGCACCUGCCCCUGGGCUUCCACAGCCUCACUUUCUAUGUGCUGGAUGAGGACACCAUUGGACAUGAUGAUGUCAUUGGCAAGAUAUCACUCAGUAAAGAACAGAUUUCUUCUCACCCACGAGGCAUCGACAGCUGGAUCAACCUGACGCGAGUUGACCCCAAUGAAGAGGUGCAGGGUGAGAUCCGUUUGGAGCUGUGGGUGCUGGAGGAGCCCCACAGGAGAGUGCUACACUGCCACGUGAUUGAGGCCAGGGAUCUGGCUCCCCGGGAUAUCUCCGGCACCUCAGACCCCUUUGCACGAGUGUCCUGCAAUGGCCAGACCUUGGAGACAGCUAUCAUUAAGAAGACUCGGUUCCCCCACUGGGACGAGGUGCUGGAGUUUGACCUGGAGGAGAGGGAGCUGGAGAAGGAGACCAGAGGCCCCCUUCUGAGCAUGGAGGUGUGGGAUUGGGACAUGGUGGGGAAGAAUGACUUCCUGGGACAGGUUGAGUUCUCUCUGGACACCCUGCAGAAAUCCCCCGUCAAAGGCUGGUUCAGGCUCCUGCCCUUCCCCAGUGCUGAGGAAGAUGCUGGAGGGAAGCUGGGUGCCCUGAGGCUGAAAGUUCGACUGGCUGAGGACCGGAUCCUGCCCUCUAUGUACUACCAGCCCCUCAUUGAGCUCCUGGUGGAAUCCAUCCUGUGCCCGGCUGAGGAGGAGCACGUCACUCCAUUGGCUAUCCUGGAGGAGAUCAGCUCCGUGGAAAGCCGCCAGGAUGUGGCCAUGAAGCUGGUGAAAAUCUUCCUGGGACAAGGCCUGGCUGUGCCCUUUCUGGACUACCUCAACCUGCGGGAGGUGACCAGGACCACUGACCCAAACACACUCUUCCGCUCCAACUCGCUGGCUUCCAAAUCCAUGGAGCAGUUCAUGAAGGUGGUUGGGAUGCCGUACCUCAGCGAGGUCCUCAAGCCAAUCAUAAACCGCAUCUUUGAGGAGAAGAAGUAUGUUGAGUUGGAUCCCUGUAAGAUUGAGAUGAACCGUACCAGGCGGAUAUCCUUCAAGGGUUCGCUGUCUGAGGCUCAGGUGCGGGAGAGCAGCCUGGAGCUCCUGAAGGGAUAUCUGAGCGACAUCAUGGAGUCCAUCAUUGGCUCGGUGGAGAAAUGUCCACCAAUCAUGAGGGUGGCCUUCAAGCAUCUACACAAACGGGUCGAGGACCAGUUUCCAGAGGCCGAGCACGAGGAUAUGAAGUACAUCGCCAUCAGUGGCUUUCUGUUCCUCCGCUUCUUUGCUCCUGCCAUCUUGACUCCAAAGCUGUUCAACCUCCGGGACCAACAUGCUGACCCCCGGACCAGCCGCACACUUCUGCUCCUGGCCAAGGCAGUGCAGAGCAUCGGCAACCUGGGCCUACAAUUGGGACAUGGCAAAGAGCAGUGGAUGGCUCCGCUGCACCCUUUCAUCAUUCCCUGUGUCAGCCAUGUCAAGGACUUUCUGGACAAGCUCAUUGAUGUGGACAGCGAAAACGCAGGUGAGGCUCAGCCCCGGAUGCUCUUCCACCCGUCAGCCACUAUCAAGGAGGGCUACCUGCACAAGCGCAAGGCUGAGGGCCUGCACCUGGUCACGCGCUUCACCUUCAAGAAGCGCUACUUCUGGCUGAGCAGUGAAACCCUCUCCUACUCCAAGUCCCCUGAGUGGCAGGUCCGCUCCUCCAUCCCCAUCCAGCGGAUCUGUGCUGUGGAGAGGGUAGACGAAAAUGCCUUCCAGCAGCCACACAUGAUGCAGAUCAUCACACAGGAUGGCGAGGGGCAGCUCCACACCAUGUACAUCCAGUGCAAGAACGUAAACGAACUCAAUCAGUGGCUGUCCGCCAUUCGCAAAGCCAGCAUCUACAACGAGCGUAUGCUGCCCUCCUGCCACCCUGGCGCCUUCCGAGGCAGCCGCUGGACCUGCUGCCUGCAGGCUGACCGCACAGUACAUGGCUGCAGCCGGACUCACUCUGCUGUGACCCUUGGGGACUGGAGUGACCCCCUCGACCCAGAUGCCGAGGCCCAGAUGGUGUAUGGGCAGCUCUUGCUGGCGAGAGACAAGCUCAGGGAGAAGUACCUGGAGUUCUCCGAAGCAAGGCUGGCACUGGACCAGGAGGAGGGACAGGAGGGCAGCUAUACCCGGGAAGACCAUGAACGCUCUUUCCAGGACCGCAGGAUGGCUGCCACUGCCCGCCUGCUGGAUGUCAUCCAGGACCUGGAGCGUGCCCACAGUGCCUUUGAGCGCCGGGAGAAGGAGGAGGCGGCCACUGAGUCGUACUAGGCCUAGGCAGCCUCUGUCCCCUGCCCUGUGCCGCUCCUGGAGCCUGGGCCUCCAUCAGACUGCACCUGCCUAGCAGCAGCAUGUGAGAGCCAACCCUGGUACCAGCUCUGUCCACCCAUCAGGCCUGGCAUUGUGGUCUAGAGUGUGUGUAACUGAGGCAGGUCCUUGCCCUGCAUUGAAGCCUUGGGGCCAACAUUUGGCUCAGGACAGGAGCAAUAGGGUCACAGUAGAAGACAACACCAACACUGGCUGGAGGUGGCCCAGUGCUCCUUGCUCUCCCACCUCUGCAUCCUGACACAGUGCCCGCAUCUGCCAUCAGAUGACACCAGGAGCACUCUGUGUGCCCAGACCCUGAACAGGGGCAGGCAGCUGCCUGCUUCCCAUGGGACAGAAAAGCAAAAAUCCAUGUCCCCGCCAUGUCUGCCAGUGCCCUGGAAAUAAUCUGCUCAUCUGCUCCUCAGCCCUCACUGUGCCAUUAUUCCUGGGUCAGUACUCAACUCUGCUAAGCCGCAUCUUCACAGUAAGGCUCAGUCCAUGCGUGUCUGUCCCUGGGAACUCCAGACUGGCACCUGGAGAGAUGUGGGGACACUGGUCUCUGGGUGGCAAGCUGAGGAGAGCAGUGGUACCAGGGUUUGAAUUACAUUUUGACUCUUGUGGGGGGGUCUGUGGUGGUGGCAGCUGGAAGCCGGAAAGAGCCACUGCCGGAGGCACGGAGCAGGCUGGGGGGGCUCCUCCCUUAUGGAGGAGCUCUCGUCUCUUACGUGGGGGCUUGGCCCCCUGCUGCCCAAGCUCCCCUGUAAUUCAAACCCUGGUGAUACCACAGAGAACAAUGUCCUCGUGUGGCCUGGUGACAUGGUAACUGGCUUUGAUGCAAUGUAGAGACUCCGAGCUGCCUG